CCUUCUGCAUGUUACAAUGUCUAAAUGGGAAACUAUCGAUAUGUGUAUGUAUGUUUAAAGAAAUUUAUUUUUCAUGGCGAAUUUUAGACACCAACUAUCCGAUCACUAUGUUUCUCUGAUUCAAGGUACCAUUGUUAACAAAAAUCCCCGUAUGGGGAAAAAAAUCCAUGCUCAGAUAAUCAAGUCUGGUGUUCAUAUUGGUGUGAUCUUAAUGAACAAUCUGAUUAACUUGUACGCGAAAACCGGGUUUCUUGUAGACGCCCGGAAGCUGUUCGAUGAAAUGCCUGAAAGAAAUGCAUCUUCCUGGAACACGGUUAUCUCCGCUUAUGCGAAACAGGGACGGAUCGACUAUGCACGCCAACUGUUUGAACAAAUGCCUGAACCUGAUUCUGUCUCAUGGACUGCAAUGAUGGUGGGUUAUAAUCAGACGGGUCGUUUUGAAAAGGCUAUUAAGAUGCUCAGUGACAUGAUACAUUCGAAAGUAAUGCCGACCCAGUAUACGUUUACGAUUGUUCUUGCCUCCUGUGCUGCUAUGAAGUCAUUGGAAAUUGGCAGGAAGGUUCACUCGUGUGUGGUGAAAGUCGGGCUCAGUAGUUACACUAGUGUUGCUAAUUCUCUGUUAAACAUGUAUGCAAAAUCGGGUGAUGUGUUGACAGCAGAGAGUGUGUUUGGUAGGAUGAAGAUGAAGAGUUUGUCGAGUUGGAAUACCAUGAUUUCAAUGCAUAUGCUAAAUAAACGAUUCGAUCUUGCACUCGCUCAAUUUGAGCAAAUGACCGAUCGAGAUAUAGUUACGUGGAAUUCAAUGAUUUCGGGGUACACUCAGCAUGGUUACAACGCUAAAGCUCUUAACAUGUUCUCAAAUAUGCUAAAAGAUCCGAUUCUAAAGCCGGAUAAGUAUACGCUGGCAAGUGUUUUAUCCGCCUGUGCAAAUCUUAACGACUCGAACUCGGGAAAGCAAAUUCACGGUUACAUUGUGAGAACGCAAUUUGAUUUAUCCGGAGCUGUUGGAAACGCUUUGAUUUCCAUGUACUCUAAGUUCGGCGAUCUCAAGACGGCUCAAAAUAUCGUACAACAAAAUCAGAUUUCGAACGUAAACAUAAUCGCAUUUACAUCCCUUUUAGACGGAUACCUCAAGCAAGGGGACAUGAAUUCCGCCAGACGAAUAUUUGAUUCUUUGAAAGACCGUGAUGUUGUAGUAUGGACCGCCAUGAUCGUCGGCUAUACGCAGAACGGAUUUAAUAACGAAGCGAUCGAACUCUUUAGAUCAAUGAUCAAAGAAGGCCCCGAACCUAACAGUUACACUCUAGCGGCUAUGUUGAGUGUAAGUUCGAGUCUGGCUUCUCUAGAGCAUGGCAAACAAAUCCAUGCGCGAGCGUUAAAAUCCGAAUCUGCACUGUCGAUUUCUGUUGGUAAUGCUUUGAUUAACAUGUAUGCUAAAUCUGGAAAUAUCGAUAAUGCAAAACGCGUGUUUGAUAUAAUACGUUGUUCAAAAGAUACUGUCACGUGGACUUCGAUGGUCAUUUCUUUAGCUCAACAUGGGCAAGGAAAAGAAUCGUUGGAAUUAUUUGAAAAAAUGUUGAGUUUUGAUAUAAAACCGGACCAUAUAACUUACGUUGGAGUAAUCUCGGCUUGCACGCAUAUGGGAUUGGUUGAAGAAGGUGUUAGAUACUUCAAAUUAAUGCAAGAAAAACACGGGAUUGAACCGACGUUAAGUCAUCAUGCGUGCAUGGUUGAUCUUUAUGGGCGUGCGGGAAAACUUCAAGAAGCGUAUAACGUCAUACGAAAUAUGCCGAUUGAACCGGAUGUUAUAGUUUGGGGCUCACUUUUAGCUUCGAGUAUCGUUCACAAAAACAUGGAUCUUGCAAAAAUCGCAGCGGAAAAACUGCUGCUAAUCGAACCAGAUAACAGCGGGGCCUACUCGACUCUAGCGAAUCUCUAUUCUGCUUGCGGGAAUUGGGACGAUGCUGCUGACGUUAGAAAGUUAAUGAAGGCGAAACAAGUGAAAAAAGAUCAAGGGUUAAGUUGGGUUCAAAUAAGGAACCGAGUGCACGUGUUUGGAGCUGAAGAUAGCGUUCAUCCGGAAAGAGGUGAAAUUUAUCAAAAUAUGGCGGAACUUUGGAAGGAAAUCAAGAAAUUAGGGUUUGUACCGAAAACGGAAGUGGUUUUGCAUGAUCUUGAUGAAGAGGUUAAAGAGGAAAUUCUUAAGCAUCAUAGUGAAAAACUUGCUAUUGUUUAUGGACUCAUGAAGACGCCGAGAAACAGUACGUUGAGAAUCAUGAAGAACUUGAGGGUAUGUAAAGAUUGUCACUCUGCUAUUAAGUUUAUUUCGAAACUUGUUGGUAGGGAAAUCGUUGUUAGAGAUGCAACUCGGUUUCAUCAUUUUAAAAACGGAGAAUGUUCGUGUCGUGAUUACUGGUAACCAUGUCAUGACACAGUGUAAAAGAUGUACAAUUGGCUUGUUUUUCUUGUAGAAACUGUCAAGUUAUAUUGCUAUUCAAUUUACUUCAGUUUC